AUGAAAUUAGCUUUCACCUCCGUCAAGAAAAUAAGCACGACUGGGGGACAAUCUGUAAAUAGUAGAUUGAAUGGUGGCCCUGGUGACCGAAGAAGACAUGCAGCCCAGGGCUAUGGCCUAGGAACAUUUGGAGCCCGGGGUGCUCUCGGAAGAGCAAUUGGAGCCGUGGGCGAUCUCGGAGGAGCUGUCGGGAAAUGGGCUGGUUUUGGAGGAGGAAUUGGAGCCCAGGGCGGUGUUGGAGGAGGAAUUGGAGCCCAGGGCGGUGUUGAAGGAGGAAUUGGAGCCCAAGGCGGUGUUGGAGGAGGAAUUGGAGCCCGAGGCGGUGUUGGAGGAGGAAUUGGAGCCCAGGGCGGUGUCGGAGGAGCAGUCGGGGCCCAGGGUGGUGUUGGAGGAGCAAUCGGGGCCCAGGGUGGUGUUGGAGGAGGAAUUGGAGCCCAGGGCGGUGUCGGAGGAGCAGUCGGGGCCCAGGGUGGUGUUGGAGGAGGAAUUAGAGCCCAGGGCGGUGUUGGAGGAGGAAUUGGAGCCCGGGGCGGUGUCGGAGGAGCAGUCGGGGCCCAGGGUGGUGUUGGAGGAGGAACUGGAGCCCAGGGCGGUGUUGGAGGAGGAAUUGGAGCCCAGGGCGGUGUUGGAGGAGGAAUUGGAGCCCAAGGCGGUGUUGGAGGAGGAAUUGGAGCCCAGGGCGGUGUCGGAGGAGCAGUCGGGGCCCAGGGUGGUGUUGGAGGAGGAACUGGAGCCCAGGGCGGUGUCGGAGGAGCAGUCGGGGCCCAGGGUGGUGUUGGAGGAGGAAUUGGAGCCCGGGGCGGUGUUGGAGGAGGAAUUGGAGCCCAGGGCGGUGUCGGAGGAGCAGUCGGGGCCCAGGGUGAUGUUGGAGGAGGAAUUAGAGCCCAGGGCGGUGUUGGAGGAGGAAUUGGAGCCCAGGGCGGUGUUGGAGGAGGAAUUGGAGCCCAAGGCGGUGUUGGAGGAGGAAUUGGAGCCCAGGGCGGUGUCGGAGGAGCAGUCGGGGCCCAGGGUGGUGUUGGAGGAGCAAUCGGGGCCCAGGGUGGUGUUGGAGGAGGAAUUGGAGCCCAGGGCGGUGUCGGAGGAGCAGUCGGGGCCCAGGGUGGUGUUGGAGGAGGAAUUGCAGCCCAGGGCGGUGUUGGAGGAGGAAUUAGAGCCCAGGGCGGUGUCGGAGGAGCAGUCGGGGCCCAGGGUGGUGUUGGAGGAGCAAUCGGGGCCCAGGGUGGUGUUGGAGGAGGAAUUGGAGCCCAGGGCGGUGUCGGAGGAGCAGUCGGGGCCCAGGGUGGUGUUGGAGGAGGAAUUGGAGCUCAGGGCGGUCUCGGAGGAGCAGUCGGAGCCCAGGGUGGUGCUGAAGGAGGAAUUGGAGCCCAGGGCGGUGUUGGAGGAGGAAUUGGAGCCCAAGGCGGUGUUCGAGGAGGAAUUGGAGCCCAGGGCGGUGUUGGAGGAGGAAUUGGAGCCCAGGGCGGUGUCGGAGGAGCAGUCGGGGCCCAGGGUGGUGUUGGAGGAGCAAUCGGGGCCCAGGGUGGUGUUGGAGGAGGAAUUGGAGCCCAGGGCGGUGUCGGAGGAGCAGUCGGGGCCCAGGGUGGUGUUGGAGGAGGAAUUGGAGCCCAGGGCGGUGUUCGAGGAGGAAUCGGAGCCCAGGGCGGUGUUGGAGGAGGAAUUGGAGCCCAGGGCGGUCUCGGAGGAGGAAUUGGAGCCCAGGGCGGUCUCGGAGGAGCAGUCGGGGGAUGGGGUGGUGUUGGAGGAGGAAUUGGAGCCCAGGGCGGUCUCGGAGGAGCAGUCGGGGGAUGGGGUGGUGUUGGAGGAGGAAUUGGAGCCCAGGGCGGUGUUGGAGGUGGAAUUGGAGCCAUGGGCGGUCUCGGAGGAGCAGUCGGGGGAUGGGGUGGUGUUGGAGGAGCAAUCGCGGCCCAGGGAGCUGCCGGAGAAGCAGUCAGGGCCCAGGGUGGUGUUGGAGGAGGAAUUGGAGCCCAGGGCGGUGUCGGAGGAGCAGUCGGAGCCCAGGGUGGUGCUGGAGGAGAAAUUGGAGCCCAGGGCGGUGUUCGAGGAGGAAUUGGAGCCCAGGGCGGUGUUGGAGGAGGAAUUGGAGCCCAGGGCGGUGUUGGAGGAGGAAUUGGAGCCCAGGGCGGUCUCGGAGGAGCAGUCGGGGGAUGGGGUGGUGUUGGAGGAGGAAUUGGAGCCCAGGGCGGUCUCGGAGGAGCAGUCGGGGCCCAGGGUGGGGUUGGAGGAGGAAUUGGAGCCCAGGGCGGUGUUCGAGGAGGAAUUGGAGCCCAGGGCGGUGUUGGAGGGGGAAUUGGAGCCCAGGGCGGUGUUGGAGGAGGAAUUGGAGCCCAGGGCGGUGUUGGAGGAGGAAUUGGAGCCCAGGGCGGUGUUGGAGGAGGAAUUGGAGCCCAGGGCGGUCUCGGAGGAGCAGUCGGGGGAUGGGGUGGUGUUGGAGGAGGAAUUGGAGCCCAAGGUGGUCUCGGAGGAGCAGUCGGGGGAUGGGGUGGUGUUGGAGGAGGAAUUGGAGCCCAGGGCGGUGUUGGAGGAGGAAUUGGAGCCCAGGGUGGUGUCAGAGGAGCAACUGGAGCCGUAGGCGGUGUCGGAGGAGGAAUUGGAGCCGUGGGCGGUGUCGGAGGAGCAAUUGGAGCCCAGGGCGGUCUCGGAGGAGCAGUCGGGCGAUGGGGUGGUGUUGGAGGAGGAAUUGGAGCCCAAGGCGGUCUCGGAGGAGCAGUCGGGGGAUGGGGUGGUGUUGGAGGAGGAAUUGGAGCCCAGGGCGGUGUUGGAGGAGGAAUUGGAGCCCAGGGCGGUCUCGGAGGAGCAGUCGGGGGAUGGGGUGGUGUUGGAGGAGCAAUCGCGGCCCAGGGAGCUGCCGGAGGAGCAGUCAGGGCCCAGGGUGGUGUUGGAGGAGGAAUUGGAGCCCAGGGUGGUGUCGGAGGAGCAAUUGGAGCCGAGGGCGGUGUCGGAGGAGGAAUUGGAACCCAGGGUGGUGUCGGAGGAGGAAUUGGAGCCCAGGGUGUUGUCGGAGGAGCAAUCGGGGCCCAGGGCGGUGCCGGAGGAGCAGUCGGGGCCCAGGGUGGUGUUGGAGGAGCAAUCGGGACCCAGGGCGGUGUUGGAGGAGCAAUUGGAGCCGUGGGCGGUGUCGGAGGAGGAAUUGGAGCCCAGGGCGGUGUUGGAGGAGGAAUUGGAGCCCAGGGCGGUCUCGGAGGAGCAGUCGGGGGAUGGGGUGGUGUUGGAGGAGGAAUUGGAGCCCAGGGCGGUCUCGGAGGAGCAGUCGGGGGAUGGGGUGGUGUUGGAGGAGGAAUUGGAGCCCAGGGCGGUCUCGGAGGAGCAGUCGGGGGAUGGGGUGGUGUUGGAGGAGGAAUUGGAGCCCAGGGCGGUCUCGGAGGAGCAGUCGGAGCCCAGGGUGGUGCUGGAGGAGGCAUCACAGCCUAG